ACAGGCAGUUCUCUCCUGCUGUGUGGAUCUUGUCAGCUGUUUGUCCCAGCCCCAGCAAUGGGAGCACCAGUGCUCCUAUUAGCCCUGACCCUAUUCCCAGUCGCAGCUGCAGCAAGCCUGGAACCUCACUAUAUGGUGGUGCUUCCUGCUGUCAUUCACCAUUCCCAAGACGAGAAACUCUACAUUCACCUCAGGUCCCUGACUGAAGCCGUUCACCUGGCUGUCACCUUGGAGGUGACAACCCAGAAUCACACGCUGGUGGAACAGGAUGUGGAGAAGCCAGGCACUUUUCAGUGCAUCACCUUCCAGGUGCCAGAAUUGAUUCCCAGAAAAAGAAAUGAUUCCACAUCACACCCAGAGAAGGUGGUUUUUCUGCAUGUCCUGAUCCACAGUGGGGACAACGUGCUCUUUGAGGGUCGCAAGAAAGUUCUGGUCAAGCCCCAGAAGAAUGUAAUUCUGGUAGAGACAGACAAGAGCUUAUACAAACCUGGAGAAACAGUGAAAUUUCGAAUUGUGAACCUGGACGAGGAUCUUAAGGUCAUUAAAAACGGGUAUUCCCAGAUAUGGCUGGAGGAUCCUGAAUAUAACCGCAUUGCUGAGUGGCUGAAUGUAAAGUCAAGACAUGGCAUUGUGGAUCUAUCCUUCCCCCUGGCCUCCAAAGCACCCCUUGGGGAGUAUACCAUCUCAGUGCAACAAGACAUGGUUCAAAAAACCUUCACUGUUGAUGAAUAUGUGCUGAAAAAAAUUGAAUUACAGAUUGAGCACCCUCCAUUUAUCACUACAGCGGAAGAAGAAUUUCAGCUGAAGGUCUGUAGCAAGUAUACCUAUGGGAAGCCCGUUCAAGGGAAAAUAGGUAUUACUUUUAUCACAUUAUCCCAGUUCUCGGAAGGCAAUUUAUCAAGUUCUACUGAGAUGAGGAAGCAAAACAGCUGGACAAACAAGGAUGGCUGCACUACUUUUACAGUGAAGACAGAGACUCUGGAAUUAAAUGAAACUAACAGCUACGUAAUUGUGAUAGGAGAAAUGGUGGAAGACGGAACAGGAGCAGAGACUAAGGAAAUUUCUGGAAUUCCUGUUGCGACAAGAAUGAAGUCUAUAGAGUUUAUCAACAUCCAUCCAUUCUACAAACGUGGACUACCGUACACAGGGAAGAUGUUCUGCCACAGUAACGAGUCUCCCCUCAGACAUGAAACGGUCUACCUAACAGUUGAUGUCAACGAUGAGGAGAGACACCUGUCAUUCCUCACAGAUGAGAAUGGGGAAGUCCACUUUUCAUUGGAUACCACCAGCUGGAAUGGCACACUGGUUUCUCUGAAGGGUACUUACAACCUUGGAAAUUACGAUGAGCAAGAUUCUUCUGAAAGUUACCCAGGAGUUGAGGAUAGCUUUCACUGGCUGAAAUCUUUCUACUCUGAGAGCAACAGCUUCCUUGAGAUCAAGGCCAGGAAUAAUGUGAUGCCCUGUGAUCAAGAGCAGGAAGUGCAAGUGGAUUAUAUUCUUGACCGGAAUAAACUCAGCUCUGAAGCAGAACACAUUGAUUUCUACUAUUUGGUGAUAGCAAAAGGCAAGAUCCUUUUCAGUGGAGAGAAGCAGAUGCCAAUUAUCCAGCAUGAGAAUCUGCAGGGCUCCUUCUCAUUGACUCUGACUAUUGGCAAUGACUUCCUGCCUGACAUCAAGCUUCUACUGUAUGCAGUCUUCUUGGAUGGAGAGGUGGUGGCUGAUGUGGAAGAGUUUCAAGUAGAAAAGUGCUUUAGACACAAGGUGGCACUGGACUUCUCACACAAAGAGGAAGUCCCGGGAUCGAGAGUCAGUCUGGACCUCAAGGCUGCUCCAGGGUCCUUGUGCUCUGUCCAAGCUGUUGACAAGAGUGUCCUCCUGAAGAAUAAUAAUACCCUAACAGCAGACACACUGUAUGAGAAGAUCUUUGAUGACAGCUUCGUAAUUGGAGGACGAGGGUUCCCUAAUCACUUGGAAGACUUUGAAGCAUACCCUUGUUUGCCACAGCAGUCCAGUCUCCACAAAAAGACUCAGAUGGGAGCACCAUGGUACCAAAGUGAUGGUGAUGUCUUUAAUCUGUUUAAACUAUUGUGCAUGAAAAUAUUAACCAAUACAAGAAUCAAGAAACCAGUUUCCUGUAUGCAACCAGGCUUUGAGAAAAAGAAGUAUUCUGGAAAAGACAUCCUUCUUGUUCUUGGUGCUAACACUAUGCCAACGUGUGCUUGUACACCCCACCACACUCAGAUGCGCACCACUCUCGCAGAGACCCCAGAACUAAAGCUGGAUGCCUGUCCAGACUGCCGGUUCACCAGCUGCCUCUGUGCCAACGAAGCAAAAACCUUUGAGUGGAACGUAAUAGCCACCAGGCUGGGUAAAGUGAAUGUCACUGUGAGCAGCAUGGCAGAAGACUCACACAAUCUGUGUGAUAACAGGAUUGCUGUGACACCUUUGCAAGGGGAGAGAGACACUGUGAUAAAACCUCUGCUUGUGAAGCCAGGAGGUGUCCUACAAGAGAAGACCCAAAAUGCCUUUCUCUGUACUACAGAUAACACUGUCUCUGAAGAGUUCUCCCUGAUGCUGCCUGCAGAAGUGCUGGAGGGAUCUGGCCGAGCCAGUUUCUCUGUGAUUGGGGACAUCAUGGGCCCAGCACUGCAAAAUUUAGACCAGCUGCUAGAGAUGCCCUUUGGCUGUGGCGAACAGAACAUGGUUCAGUUUGCACCAAACAUCUUCAUACUCUAGUACUUGAACAAGACUAAACAACUGGACCCAGAAGUUGAAAAUAAAGCACUGAAAUUCCUGAGAACAGGUUACCAGCGUCAGCUGCUCUACAAACAUGAUGAUGGCUCCUACAGUGCCUUUGGGAAAGCUGACAACCAGGGAAACACAUGGCUGACAGCUUUUGUAGCCAGGUCCUUUGGACAAGCCAGCUCUUACAUUUACAUCAAUAAGGACCAUGUGCGCAACGCUCUGCUCUGGCUGCAGAAGCAUCAGCUGCCCAGUGGCUGCUUCCAGAGUGUGGGGAAGCUCUUCAACAACGACUUGAAGGGUGGUGUGGACGAUACAAUCUCGUUAACAGCCUAUAUCACUGCUGCACUGGUUGAGCUCCAUCUGGAGAAGAAUGACACCAUGCUGGAUAAUGCUUUACAUUGCCUCAAGAAUAUAACACUUGAUAAGACAAGUCUUUAUGUCAAGGCCUUGAUGGCUUAUGUCUUCACAUUGAGCAAGGACAUGGAGA